GCGGGAAUGAUUUGAGUGCGACACCAACUUCCUGUGUUCUGAGACACGUCUAUCUUCUGCGCUAGUUUCGCGUUUCUUCUGUCGAUUCCAAGUCACAGACACCGUUGGUCCACUUUUUGAAAAAAAAAUGUCCAGCUCGGUGCUUUCUGUGAUUUCCCGGUUUUUGGACGAAUAUGUCACCUCCACGCCAAACAAACUAAAGUUAGUGGACGCCUAUUUACUGUACAUUGUGCUCACCGGAGCGAUGCAGUUCUUGUACUGCCUGUUGGUCGGUACAUUCCCGUUCAAUUCGUUCCUGUCCGGGUUCAUAUCGUGUGUUGGAUGCUUCAUCCUUGCAGUGUGUCUUCGUAUCCAGGUGAACCCCAACAACAAGGGUGAAUUCCUGGGUAUCUCCCCGGAACGUGCAUUUGCUGACUUCCUAUUCGCUCACACAGUCCUGCACCUGGUGGUCAUCAAUUUCAUUGGCUGAGACUACGGCCACUUCACAGGUUCAGAAAACAUCACCUAUGCCAACCCUCUCAAAGCAGUCCUGCAAAGUGACUUUUGGAGGAGACAGAUUUCAUUUCUUAUUUUGUUUGUUCAUAUUUCAUCCAGGUUCUGUUGAUUUGUGAGAAUCAGCUUUUGUUAAUAAAUCAAAUUUACAAAAAA